AUGAAGCAACGAGUUUCGCAGUUUGAUUCUCUUCUCAAACUCCUCGAUUCGUUCGACGCUGAUAUCAUCUGCUUCCAGUCAGCAUCUUUAAGCUGUGAAAUUGCUUUGCCGGUUGCUGCAGAAGAAGGUUUCACUGGUCUUGUAGUAAACAGUAACUCGCGAGGUGGAAAGAACGAAACUUGUGCGAUAGCUGAAGGUCUUGAGGAUUAUGAGAAAGAAGAGCUUCUUAAGAUUGACCAAGAAGGACGUUGCGUUAUAACUGAUCACGGCCACUUUGUUGUGUUCAAUGUCUAUGGACCACGAGCUGUAUCUGAUGAUGCUGAGAGGAUUGAGUUUAAGCAUCUGUUCUAUGAUAUUUUAGAGAGAAGAUGGGAGUGUCUUCUGCGUCAAGGGAGAAGAGUAUUUGUUGUUGGGGAUCUCAACAUUGCUCCUUUUGCUAUGGAUCGAUGUGAAGCUGGGCCUGAUUUCGAGAAAAACGAGUUCAGGAAAUGGUUUAGAUCUCUGUUAGUUGAACGUGGAGGCUCGUUUUCUGAUGUCUUCAGAUCAAAACAUCCUGAAAGGAAAGAUGCAUUCACGUGUUGGUCCUCAAGUAGUGGAGCAGAACAGUUUAACUAUGGUUCGAGAAUUGAUCAUAUCUUAGUAGCUGGAUCAUGCUUGCAUGAAGACGGAGAUCAGCAGGGACAUAGUUUUCUUGCUUGCCAUGUCAAGGAAUGUGACAUAUUAACAGAUUAUAAGCGGUUUAAGAAUGAAAAUGUGCCAACAAGGUGGAAAGGUGGAUUGGGUAAAAAAUUAAAGGGGUCAGACCAUAUACCUGUAUUCACUAGUUUUGAUGAUUUGCCUGACAUCCCCGAACAUAGCACACCGCCAUUAGCUUCACGAUAUCUUCCCAUGAUUUACGGUUUCCAGCAAACUCUUGCGUCAGUGUUUAUGAAAAGGCAGGCCAAUGAGCAAGCCAGAGCCAUUGAGGUUUCAUGUUCAUCAUCGAGUCAAAGUAACUCUACGCCAAGCUGUGGAGAGAUCUUCUCGACGGGGCCACUCAUAAACUGCGGUUUAAAGGGUAUUUCACCUGAGAAAUCUUGUUCUGUUGAGAAAGAAUCCAUUUGUAACGUUACAGAAACAGACACGGCAUUGAAAGGUUCCAGUGAUAGAACAUCAUCAUUGAGCGCUGAGAAUAUCUCUAGAGAUGGAAUUGGAAACAGGAAGAAAGCAAGGAAGAUCCAAUCUUCUCAGCUUUCUCUUAAGUCCUUUUUCUUCACUACACACUCAAAGGAACACAGUGGCGGGGAGGAAUCUGUUUCCUAUGUUUCCUCAAGUCAGAGCUCCCAAGUCGAGAGCAUCACAGAAGCGACUGUUUCCAGCAAAGAAGACAGUGAACCAACUACUUCAACACAGGAACAAAAUCAAAGCGGCUCUUCGGCUAAACAAAAGAACAACGCAGCUUUAAUGGAGUGGCAAAGGAUACAGAACCUAAUGCAGAACAGCAUACCUCUCUGCAAAGGACACAAAGAAGCUUGUGUUGCUCGGGUCGUAAAGAAACCAGGUCCCACAUUUGGUCGUAGAUUCUACGUCUGCUCUCGAGCUGAGGGGCCUUCCUCUAAUCCAGAAGCAAAUUGUGGUUAUUUCAAAUGGGCUUCAUCAAAAUUCCGAGACAAGUAAAAGAGUGAAGAUAAUGUGAAUGGUUAGCAAUGCUACGGUUAAUCUACUGAGCUAAUAUUAUAUAGUUCAAUGAUGUCGGUAUAUAGUUAAUGUUAUCUAUCUCUCGAGUCUUCUUGACCAAUGUGUAAAGCUGCUGGAUUAAUCUUCUUUCGACGUUCCUGUCUCUAUCAUUUUAUCCCUCUAGUCGUCAUUUUAUAAUGUAAUUUGGUUUCUUUUAAUGUGAUUAAUUAACUUUUAGCUUUCGUAACGUAGCUACAUAUCUAUGUAUAUAGUAAUGUUACAAGUUGCAGAAAUAUCAUUAUAAGGUUAUGUUAUUUCACAUGGAUACGUAUACGUAUACGUAUGUAAGUGUAAUUUUUAUUAUGUAUUA